AGUCGCGGGCCGUCGGGCCGACCUAGUCGGCCCCACCAGGCGCCCCCUGCACGCGGGGCCGGGACAGGGAGUGUCGCCGAGGGGCAAGGAGAGAUCCUGCCUCCCGAUCCGUACUUCGCGCUCUCUCGGCCGAGCGCUCCGGCCUGCAUUUUGGGGAGAGAGAGCAACGACAUUGUCCUUCCCGUCCAGGCCCGGGGCCAGGCCCCUCCGGCCUCGGCAGGAGGAGUGUGGGGAGGGCCGGGACCCCAGCCACUUGUCCCGAGAAUGGGGACCGACCAUUUGCCGCCAUCAGAAUUGUUCACAUGUUUCCGUCACUGCCCGGCCCCGAGUCUCCACGCCCAGCGAAUGGGGCUCGUUGUGCCCGCCUCGGGGCUGGUGCUGGAAUCGGGGGCUCAGGGGGCGGCCCAGACGUUUUGACCUUGGAGCCCCCAGGGCCAAACCGGGCGCUUGCACUGAGGAGGUGCCCAGUAAGCGUGUGUGGCGCGGGUGAGGGAAGGGCAGCGGGCCGUCCACCAUCCCAGCUUCCUUCCUAACUCCUCCGGGGUGGUAUUGGGAGAUUUCCUCGCCUCUCUGAGCCUCCGCUUCCCCGUGGGCAAAGUGGAGCUGACAGUAACCACUUUAAAACGUUAUUGUGAGGAUCCCUUAACUCAGACUCAGUGAGUGAAUGUGCUGAGGGUCAGAAUUGAAGCUCCAAAAUGGCUGACCAGGACCCUGGGGGCAUUAGCCUCCUCCAACAAAUGGUGGCCUCAGGCACUGGGGCUGUGGUCACCUCUCUCUUCAUGACACCCCUGGAUGUGGUGAAGGUCCGCCUGCAGUCUCAGCGCCCCUCGCUGGCCAGCGAGCUGAUGCCUCCUUCCAGACUCUGGAGCCUCUCCUUCGUCAAGUUGCCCUCCUCUUUCCAAUCCACAGGGAAGUGCCUCCUGUACUGCAAUGGUGUCCUGGAGCCUCUGUACCUGUGCCCAAAUGGUCCCCGCUGUACCACCUGGUUUCAGGACCCCACUCGCUUCACCGGCACCAUGGAUGCUUUUGUGAAGAUCGUGAGACAUGAGGGCAUCAGGACUCUAUGGAGCGGCCUCCCAGCCACCCUGGUGAUGACUGUGCCAGCCACUGCCAUCUAUUUCACCGCCUAUGACCAACUCAAGGCCUUCCUGUGUGAUCGAGCCCUGACCUCUGACCUCUACGCACCCAUGGUGGCUGGCGCACUGGCCCGCCUGGGCACUGUGACUGUCGUCAGCCCCCUGGAACUGGUACGAACAAAGCUGCAGGCUCAGCACGUAUCAUACCGGGAGCUGGGUGCCUGUGUCCGAGCUGCCGUGGCUCAGGGCGGCUGGCGCUCUCUGUGGCUGGGCUGGGGCCCCACUGCCCUUCGGGAUGUGCCCUUUUCAGCCCUGUACUGGUUCAACUAUGAGCUGGUGAAGAGCUGGCUGAGUGGACUCAGGUCAAAGGACCAGGCAUCUGUGGGCAUCAGCUUUGUGGCUGGCGGCAUCUCAGGGACGGUGGCCGCCAUCCUGACUCUACCCUUCGAUGUAGCGAAGACGCAGCGCCAGGUCGCGCUGGGAGCGGUGGAGGCUGUGAGAGUGACGCCCCCUCACUUGAACUCCACCUGGCUGCUGCUGCGGAGGAUCCGGGCCGAGUCAGGCACCAGGGGACUCUUUGCAGGCUUCCUCCCAAGGAUCAUCAAGGCCGCUCCCUCAUGUGCUAUCAUGAUCAGCACUUACGAAUUCGGCAAAAGCUUCUGCCAGAGACUCAACCGGGAUCAGCCUCUGGGCUCUUGAAAGGAUCGCAGGGCAAGGCCCCUGUCUCUUCCGGGGAUGGGGGCGGGGUGGGAGAUUGAGUCAAGUGCCUGGUCCUCAGCACACGGGGGAGGGGCCUCGUCUCCCUUCCAUCUCAGCUAUGAGCCCCAGGGGUAGGGGGCUGCCCCUCUGGGCCCUCCCAGGCCCCCCUCAGACAGCUUUCUUCCUGCUGCUCCUCAUUUCCAAGCCCCAAGGAUCAUCACUUUUCCACCCCUGCAAAUUCAAGACCAAGUCUGCUACCUGCCCUCCCCCAUUUCCUUGUGUGUUUGCUGUAGCUGGGCCUGCCCCCAGGAGCCACCAAACCCUGGGCCUGGCCUAGUCUGCACCCACCCCUGUUCAUUCCUUGAGUCUAAAAAUGAUGAACUUCUC